GCACCCUCGCACACAAUGCGCAUGCGCACCCCCCUCUCCCCGCCCCUGGCGCGGGGCGCUCCUUCCCCCCCGCAGGCGCACUGCGCAGGCGCGCGGCGAGGCCGCGCCGGGGGUGGGGUUGAGAUGAGCGUGCUGCUCCCCAACAUGGCGGAUUUUGACACGAUCUAUGAGCUGGAGGAGGAGGAGGAGGAAGAAGAAGAUGAAGACGAAGAAGAGGAGGAGGAAGAGGAGUCGUCCGAGCCUGAGCCCGUGGUGCGGAGUCAGGAGCUGCCGCGGCCCCGCGACGCGCCGGAUCCUGUGGUGGUGCGGGGCGCCGGGCACAUCACCGUGUUUGGCUUGAGCAACAAGUUUGAUACAGAAUUUCCCUCUGUUCUGACAGGGAAGGUUGCCCCAGAAGAAUUCAAGACCAGUAUCAGCUGUGUGAAUACCUGUUUAAGAAAGAAUCUUCCUGUCAAUGUAAAAUGGCUGAUUUGUGGCUGUCUGUGCUGCUGCUGCACACUGGGCUGUAGCCUGUGGCCUGUAGUCUGUCUUAACAAAAGAACUAGAAGAUCAAUUCAGAAGUUAUUAGAAUGGGAAAAUAACAGACUAUAUCAUAAGCUUGGUUUGCACUGGAAGCUGAGUAAAAGGAAAUGCGAAACUAGCAAUAUGAUGGAAUAUGUAAUAUUAAUAGAGUUCUUACCAAAAUAUCCCAUAUUUCGACCCGACUGAGGAACUGCAUUUGGUCUUUCAUGUUACCUGUCAUUUUCUACCCUUAGUGCCUUGUAAAUGAUUUUGGAAAGAAGAUGGUCUACUUUGCUGUGACUUAAAAAAUGUUCUUCAGUAGAGUAUCUUCCUUGCGAUGUUACUUUUUGUUUGACAACAAUUUGCACAUUUUUUUAAAUGUUAAAUGAGGCUUCUGUGUUGCACUCUGAAUUUUUAACAUUAACAAAAACUGAUAUAGUUGCCACUAGGGAUCUAACAUCAGUGCUGCUUAAACUCGUUCUGAGCAUGCUGCCUUAUUAAUUUCUACAUUUGCUAUCCUCAAACGUGCACCCUAAUGCUGUGUCAUACUGUAUUUCAUUCUAAAUGUCGCAAUCCUAUAAAUCCUCAGUAGAAAUGUCCAGGUAAGCAUCUAGUAGUAAAGAGUUUAGCGUCACUUGCUUGCAGAGGACUUGCAAUUAACAGCACUGGUUUUGUCCUGCACUUUGCAAAAUCAUCAUUUACAUUAGGGGGUUAAUUAUUUUCCCCACUAUAGAUCUGUAAAUAUUGACUCUUUGCAUAAUGUAAAGUGUGGAAUGCCAGGGUUUACAGAAUGUAAUAUAGCUCUUGUUCUAUUACCAACAGUUUGACAUAGUUUUAUUCAUUACAUUUGUUAUCAUCCCUCUGAUUGUAUAGACCCAAUCAUGUGCUGUUUUUAUGGUAAAGCCAUAAUGAGUUUGUACAUAUUAUCAGAUGUGUAGGGCUCAGUUGCACUUUUGUUUAGUAAAUGGAUGAAAAAUGCAUAGCAUUUCUGUCUUCUUUUUUUUUUUUUUGACUUUUAAGUAUUUCAGGUGUUAUUUGUGUCACCUGAAGUGGGAACCUUAUAUACUGUUUAUCUUUUGAAAAAAUUACAUUUGUGGAGAGAUGGCAGCUGCUAUUAGCAAAAUAUCCCAAAGCCCAUUUUUUAAAUUGAAAGUCAGUUUCUGUGGGUCUUUUGUUUUGUUUUCAGAGUAAGAAAAAGAGUGUUCUGUAAUUGGAGAGAGUCAUUACUAAGGAGAAGAAUUGCAACAGCCAAAUGAAAGCUGAAGGAACGGUGAAUAUUUUUAUAGCAUGAUGCUACUUCAGCAUUUUAACAGUUAAAUGAUGUGGCAUCCCUUUCUAGCGGAAAUAAAUUUAAAUCAGAGCAGUAUUUUGGAAUGUGCUGAUGGGAGGAAGUAGAUCAGUUGAAUGGGCUCAUGCAUUUAUUUUGACAUUCAGGAACAGCCUGAAGAGCCACAAAUGCCUUGUGGAAUUGAGAAGCAUUUUUGGACUCUUCCCUGUUUGCCUGAAGUCAGGAAGGGAAGUGACUAUAGAAAAACUGACUGUAAUGCCUGGCCUAAGCAAAACCAUUUGUUCGUAGCAAAUAAAAGAAAUAAUUGUAUCCCGCCUCCCCCAGCUAGAAUUAAGAGAAAAAAAUAUCAGAUAACUGAUUAUCUGCAAGUUGUGAUUAAUAUAAUCAUAAAUGUCUACAGGCAUUUCUUUGCAGUGACUUGACUCCUGGCAGCAUCAUCACAAGUUGCUUUUUAGUUUCAGACUGACUUAGAACUUCCUCUGAAUGUAUUUGCAUCUCUUCAGUGUGCAAUAUUGUAUUAAAAUACAGUAUUAGUAAAGUCAUUACGUUCUAAUAGCUGUAACGGGCCAGAUACCCAGAACACAGUGUUUACAGAAGGCCAGUUUUAUGAAAGUUGUUACUUGGAAUCAAACUUCUUGCUCUUUUUACUGUACAGCUGAGUGUCUGACUCCAGCACUUGCAGUAGUAGUUCCUGAUCUCAGACUGAUGCUUCAGGCUCUGGGAUCUGUAUGGUUAGCGCAGAGGUUUUGUUGGACCAGUAGACUGGUGGUGACUUACUGAUCGAUUGCAUUUGUUAUUUAAUUUAAUGAAUGAACUGCAGUGUUGUGUGAAUUUAACUUGAGCUACACCUUGCAAUUCAGAUUUAUGUCAUAGAACCAUGCAAAGUAUUCUCUCUGUUUUAUUUUUUUUAGCAUGAGUGUUAACUGGAAGCAGAGAAAAUACUUAACGGCAGAAAGAAACAGUGGAAAGCAAAGCUGACAUAGCACAGUCAAUCUCCCUUAGAAAUAAGCUUAUGGUGUAAGUGAAAGGAGCUUAGCUGGACAGAACAACAGAAGUUUCUUACUUUUAUGCCAGAACUUUGUACUAAGAAACUCGAGAAAUCUCAGCAGGUUCUUAAUUUUUGCUUAUAUGUGACUAUAUUUUCAAAGUGUUCUUUUCCAGCUGAGAGAAGACACAAGGGAGAGUUUCCAUAUCUGCCAGCGCUGAGUGCUGAGCAGCCUCCAUCUCACUGCGAGCAGAAAUCCUCUGCUGGGUCCAUGCUCAUUUCGUUGUAUGGAGUUGAGAGUUUCUCAACUGAUCUGUCUUGUUGCAGUGAAAUGCUGUGCCAAGCAGAGGGAAUACCCUGAGUUUCCCACUUAAGCACAGAGUAUUUAUUUUUUCAAGUUUACAUUUCAAGUACAUAGAUUCUAUACACUUUACUUUGUCCUGGAUUAUUAAUUGUAUUCAAACCAUGAAAGGGUUUUUUCCUUUUAUGUUUUAAUAGGCACUUAAAAAUGUGGCCAUAAAGCAACUAGUAGAGUAUGAGAGCCAAAACAGAAGUUUACUGCAAGCUCCAUGUUUUAAUAAGAAGAUAAAUUUGCAUUAAAAUACAAAACACAGCAUGCGGUAUUACAUUUGCAUCUGAAAGGCAGGUUUAAUAGCUCAUACAAAGAUGAAGGCAACUGUAAAUGCUGCUGUGAACUUUUCUCUUCUGCCUGCAGGUUCUUUUUUGCCUAGGCUAUCCUUUGCUUUAAUACAAAAACAUCCAGCAGGUAAUUUAUAUCUCAUAAGACUGGAGAACUCAUUUUUGACAAUAAAAAGUCAACAUGAGUUGGUAAGCCUGUUUAUGGAGGAUGCUUGUUAAUUCGAGAAAGCACGCAUAGUAAUGUCACGGACUGGCGUGAGCAAAGUGUACUAGAAAUGGUGAAGACAGGGCCUUGACUGGUUCCAACAAAAUGAAAGCUUUGUGCAGAGAGAAGGGAGAAAAGGGAACUAGUAGCAGCAUAUAGUGUGAGUUUGCAGCAGUUUUUUUAAAGCACUUGUAGGAAUAUCAUGUCUAAUCAGUGUUCAGUUUUUCAUAUAAACAUGUUGACGCUUUCCUUUCUAACUUGUAGGUAUGGAAUGCCUGCUGUUGGUUUUUUUUAAUUAGAAAGUUUUUGUAUGUGAGGAGCAUUAAAGAAUACUGAUAAAGCAUUAGAGCUCUUACCUGUGAUUCCCCACCUGCUUCUUGUGAAGUUCUUCUACCAUCAGAGGAGGAAGGUGUAUUUUAGGACAUGCACAGGCAUAUCUAGGAAGUAUGGACUCAGUUGCAGGUGGAUAAUUUGAAAAAAGGAGUACAUUUUUGCUAAAAUCUAGUGUGGUAUUGACUGGGGGAAAGAAGUCCCUAUGCUUUUCUUGAUAGGUACAAAAAACCACUGUAUGCAAACCUGUAUAUAAGCAUAUUAGUGUCCCACUAUGACAAUGUACUAUGUUUACUUGUCAACACACUACCAUCAGAGCAAUAAAAAUGUCAAGCUAUUAAAAUUCACUGUAAAUAAGUUAUUACUUCAGUAAGUAAUGUGUGAUUCCUCUGCCAUUUUCUUCCGCUCUUGCUGUCCUUACGAUGCUGUAAUGUUACUUGUACGGCUUAUGGAAAGUGGUUUUGUUUAAGGUGUAUGAAACUUUUUAAAUUGUCUUCUUAACAUUUUUAUUCUGUUUACAAGUCAACAGCCACUUUUUUAAUAGGACCUCACACCUUGAAAGUUUUUUUUUUUCUUUUUAAAAUAAAAUUCUGAGCUCUAUUUCUACAUUUUACUGCAUAGGCUUGUGCCGUUUAAAGAAGCUGGAAGUCAGACAUGCUUAAUCACUAUGAGACAUUUUUCUUUAAUUAAAUUUAAAGAUGAAAACCUC